UGUCAUGUUUUUCUUUAAUGUUACCAUUUAUUUAAAAGUCACGUAGUGUUUGUGUAUAUUUACUACACAUAUAAAUCUACAUACACAAUCUCAUCGUUGACAGUUAAUGAUACGUCAAGUAGGAACACAAGCAGCCACGUUAAACUUAAAAAAAUGUUGGUAGGAAUAAAAAAAAGCCUAAAUACAGUUCUAAUGACGAAUAUAACCUCCAAUUUAUCUUGAUGACCACGGUAGUACCUAAAGGAAACAAUAACACAACAACAACAGACAAAUUUAAAUGUAACAAAAAAAUCACCUGAUUUUUUUAAAUAGUCUAGUGUCGUGAAUUAAUUUAAUUUAAAAAUUACUAACAAAUAAAAUAACCAUGGCAUACAUAACGCACGUUAUGACAUUAGCUAACAGCAUAAUCGGCGUGAGUGUCCUGGCGAUGCCGUUUUGCUUCAAGCAAUGCGGGAUUAUUUUAGCAAUUUUGAUCCUGGUGUUCUGCAGCCUGCUGUCCAGACUCGCGUGUCAUUUUUUAAUAAAAUCAGCUGUGAUGUCUAGAAGAAGAAAUUAUGAAUUUCUCGCUUUUCACGCGUUUGGACCCAUGGGUAAGUUCCUAGUCGAGCUGUUCAUCAUAGGAUUUUUACUGGGAACCUGCAUCGCUUUUUUUGUCGUGACUGGAGACUUGGGACCUCAAAUAAUUGGGAAGAUUCUCAAUAAAAAUCCUGAAGACAUUCGUAUGAGUUUUUUGCUAACUACUGGAUUAAUUAUUGUCUUACCUCUUGGGUUAUUGAAGAAUAUUGACAGUCUCUCCAGUAUUUGUACUGUUACAAUUGGAUUUUAUUUGUGUCUUGUUAUCAAGGUAAUAUCUGAAGCAAUGGCACAUAUUUUUGACGGUGAUUGGAUGGAUGAUGUAAAUUACUGGCGACCAGCUGGUAUUUUACAAUGCUUACCAAUUUUUUCAAUGGCUUUAUUUUGCCAAACGCAAUUAUUUGAAAUUUAUGAAUCAAUUCCAAAUGUUUCGUUAGAAAAAAUGAAUAAAAUUGUAAAAGGUGCAAUUAAUAUUUGUACAAUUGUAUAUUUAUUCGUUGGAUUCUUUGGAUAUGUUGCUUUUUGCACCCAACCAUUUUCAGGAAAUAUUUUAACGAGUUUUGAGCCAAGCCUUACAUCUGAUUGCAUAAAAAUAGGAUUUGUAUUUUCAGUAUUAUUCAGCUUUCCGCUUGUUAUAUUUCCGUGUCGUGCUAGUCUGAACUCACUUUUGUUUCGAAGGAACUACGCACAUGAAAGUUCAACUAACUACAUUCCAGAAAUAAGAUUCAGAUGCUUAACAUCGAUGAUAGUAUUGGUAUCUUUAAUAACCGGACUGUUGAUGCCGAACAUUGAGUUUGUUCUUGGAUUAGUUGGCUCGACAAUUGGAGUCAUAAUUUGUCUGAUAUUUCCCGCUGGAUUUUUUAUCACAAUAAGUACAAAGAAUACCAAUGAACGGUUGUUAGCACAAGUGAUAUUAUUUAUAGGAAUGUGGAUAAUGAUUCUGGGAUCUUAUGCUAAUUUGUACGCAAUAGACGAGUCAAGUACGACGAAAAUUUCAAUUGUUACUGAUAAGCCAUUUGUUCCAAUAAAUAAUAUUCAUUUGGAUGUUGAUGAUAAUAAUAACAUUGAAAUUCCUCGUGUGAUUGAAAUUCUUCCUAAAGAAGAAAAAUUGAAUAAAAAUGAGAAAAAACUAAACGAUCUUCCUAAAUCUUGGGAACCUAAGCUUGCAGACAAGCUUGAAAAAAAGAUAUCACAGAAACUUCCACCAAACUUAACUUCAAUAGUAGACAAUAAAAUUCCUGAAGAAAAACCUAAAAAUGAAGAACUAAUUAAACUCCCAAAAGUUCUAACAGCUGAAGAAAAAUUAAAAGGAGUUCUUGCUGCUGAAGAAAAGAAUGAAAUAAUAGAAAAUAAAGAGAAGGUCGAACCAGAGUCUGAAAAUUCUAUAAACGUUGAUGCAAUUAAAAAAGAGGAGUCCGAAAUUGCUGAAGCGGACGUCAAGGAUCUUAGUCUUCAGGAGCAUCAGCGCGUGAAAGAGACUUUGGAGCAGCACAAAAUCGAGUCGAUUGAGCUUAUGAAGGAGCAGAAGGCUAUUCUGAAGAAUCUUGAGAUCGCGAAGGAAGAGAUAAAGUAUGACAAGGAAUUUUUGGAAAGUCAAGCUAAAAGCUCAGAUAAAAUUGAUAAAAUUGAUGACAAUAAAUUAAAUGAGAGUGAGAAAAGCGACGUACAUAUCAGAAGUGAAAAUAAAACUCAAGGGAUUAAUUUAAAUAAUUUAACUAAUUUAAACAAUUUAAAUAAAAGCUUGAGUUUUAAUUCAAGUGAAAAAAUAAAUCAAAGUAAGAUAAAUACAAUUGUACCUUUAGACCCUAAAAUAAAUGUGCCUUCCAAUGAAUCUCGGGGUCCUGUUCUCAAUGCUUUGACUAAUUGGACUGUCAACCAAAUUAUCAAUGCCUCGGGAUUUGUUAAUUCUGAAGAUAAUCAUUCGGUUAAUGAAAAUAAUAAUAUUAAUUUAAAGUCGGUAAAUGAGGUGCCGAUUCCCCUGCCGCUAAAGUUGAACAUGUCGGCGGAAAAUAAUAAUAAUAAUAUUAAUGAAGACAAAGUUGGUCGGGAUAUUUCAGAAGAUCGUGGGAGAGAAAAGAGGGACGUUGAGGAGCUUGAUAAAAUAAUUUUAGACGAGGCUGUGAAGAGUACAAAUGAAGAGGAGUGUACGUCGAAGCCAAAAGAUGAUAAAAUUUUGAGCACUGAGUCGAUUAUCAAGACUAAUAUUAAUUUAUCGGAUCAAAAGUUUCAGGACAAGGUCAAUUCUGUGGACCUGACUUUGGAUCCUCUGGCUAAUUCCGAGUAUAGAGUCUUCAAGAAACGGGAUCUCAAAGCUUUUAAACCUGGAAGAAGAAGAGAUUAAUUAUAAUUCCGGUAUUUUUAUUUUUUUUUUUAAUUUAAUUCCAGCUUAGGGCAUUUAUUAUUAAUUAUUCUCUAAGUGAUC